GUGAAAGUGCCUUGGAGCUACCGAUCUUGACCGAGCCCUUGCUUCCACCGGACCCAAGUUACACUCCUAAAGAUUUGGAGUGGAUUUCCAGAGAAGGGGGGAAGUAAGGUGCCGGGACAAAAGUGGUUGCAGGAUCCUGAGGGAGACUUAGUCUGGGUCAAAAGGCACAAGCCUAAAACCCUGGAGCCGCGCUGGAAAGGACCACACACCGUGAUUCUGACUACACCCAUGGCCGUGAAGAUAGACGGUGUCCGAACCUGGAUUCAUCACUCUCAGGUCAAGAAAAAUUGCGUGAAGGUGGGAACAACCCAGACUGAUACAGAACCAGAUAACAAACAGCAAAGGAAGGUUCAAAGGCACCCAGAGGAUCCUUUAAAGCUAAGACUGAUGCGGGCAUAAUAAUAAUUCUCUGGGUUUGUAUGGUGUUAAGUGUGGGGGACUGUAUGAAAUUGCAUCCCCUAUCUUUUUGGCCAUACCAAUGGGAACUCAGGGACACUGUCACGGGGAAGGUGAUAGCAUCUAAUACCUCUUCCACUGUGCCUUGUUUUUUUUGUUUGAUUUAUGCGACUUGGUGGGGGACUCAUGGGGGACUUUAGUUACUAAUUAUAAACAGCCAACGGGCUUUGCUCCUCCGGUCCCCGAAAACCCCUAUAUGGUUACCUAUGGAUAUGGACACAGGGAUCAAGAACAAAAAUUGGCUAACACACCAGGGUUAUACAGUUGGCCUGCAAAUAGAAAGGUCGAAUGUGAAGGAAAAGGCCAAUACCAUUGUGCAAAAUGGGGUUGUGAAACGCUGGCCCCCUGGCUGGCAGGACAGGGCCAUGACCCCUUAAUCACCCUCCUUAGAACUCCAGAUCCCAAAUGUAAGACUCGAGGAAAAUGUAACCCAACAAAAAUAUGUUUAAAAAAGGUUUCUAGUCCCAGUACCUUUUCCUCUUCCUGGGACACUGGACACACGUGGGGUCUCAGGAUGUAUGCUACAGGAGUUGACAAGGGCAUUUCCUUUACUAUACAAAGGGUUAAAAGAAAAACUCCACCCAAUCCGGUAGGGCCAAACAAGGAUAUGAUUUUACACCCCCCACUCUUUCCGACUGUCCCUUCCCAACCUACCCCGCAAUCGGGUGUCCCCACAAAGUCGGAAUUACCAACUACAGGUCAUAUCCAGAACCUGCUCUCCCCUGAGACGCAUUGGCUAGAUGGAGUAGAUUCUAUGUAUGCUUGGCUAAAUUCAUCUCACGCCAAGAUUGUACAAGAUUGUUGGCUGUGUUUAAACCCUAAACCCCCAUAUUAUGUGAGAGUGGCUACAAAUGCUAGCAUUGGACAAGACACAGAAAAGCAUGUCGUGAAAUUGCUAAAUCCAAGCAUGACAUUGUGCCCUUGGGGUUCACGACCAAUUUUAACCCUAGGAGACCUCCAAGGGCAGGAUUGGUGUAUAGUGUCCCAAGAAUAUAAUUGGCAGAACUCGCCUUACAAAAACUCUUGUGCAGAAGUGUAUAUUCCAAGUAGUUCAGAUACUGAUAGCGCCCAAAAUAUAGCAUACCGAGCCCUUCCUGGAGCCUGGUUUGCUUGCUCAUCAGGAAUUACCCCCUGCUUUGCAGCCGCAUACCUCGGGGUCAGCACCCAAGAGAUUUGUAUCUUAGUUCAUAUUCUCCCACAAAUAUACCUAUAUAGCCGAGAAGCAGGGAAGGAACACUUAUGUCUAUUCGAAGGACAUUCCAGGGUAAAAAGGGCAGCACCAGUCCUCAUUCCACUCCUAGUGGGACUGGGAAUUGCGGGAUCCACAGCUAUUGGAACUGCUGGACUCAUUGUGGGGGACCGAAAUUACAAAACUGUAAGCAAGCAAGUGGACCGAGACCUAGGCUACUUGGAAACUUCAAUUUCUCGGCUGGAACACCAAGUAGACUCUUUAGCCGAAGUUGUAUUACAAAACAGAAGAGGACUUGAUUUACUCUUCAUGAAGGAAGGGGGCCUCUGCGUGGCCCUCGGAGAAACGUGCUGUGUUUAUGCGAACAAUUCCGGAGUAAUCUGAGACACUCUCAAUUUGGUCAGGGAUAAUCUUAGGACCAGGAAACGUGCCAGGGAGGCCAGCAAUAAUUGGUACCAGACUUUACUCUCUUGGUCCCCCUGGCUCACAUCACUGCUCACCGCCACAGCUGGGCCACUGCUAUUGUUACUUCUCGGGUUAACUAUUGCCCCGUGCAUUAUCAAUUGGUUAGUACACUAUGUCAAGAGGCGAGUUAGUGAAAUAAAAAUUAUGAUGAUUAGGUCCAAUUAUGUCCCCUUAGUUCCUAAUGAUGAAUCAAGGGAUGGAUUCAUUGACAAGAAAAGGGGGAAAUGUAAGGGUUAAAUUGUAGUGUAGGGCUAACGCUUAGCUUGAAAAAUAACAGCUCUGUUCUGACACUGAAGGUCAAAAGAUAACAGCCUUGCUUUUACUCUUGUAAAUUAGGCUUUACCAACGAAGGAAACAAAAGUUCAAAGAAAAGAGCAUCAAAGGCAAGGUCAAGGAGAUCCACUGGUUGCAACUUCGAGGCAGAAAGUCUAAAAUAAACACCUCAUUAGGCAACUGUUUCUAACUCAUCUGGCAACUGUUUCUCUGUUCUGUUGCCAGGUAAUGAUAAAACGAUGUGAUCGGCUUUAAAAACUCUGUACCCAGGCUGUUCGAGGCCGCACUCUUAUCAAGAGUGUUGGUCCGGAUCGGUCGGCCUUGCCUCUCAUUGUAAUAAACUUUGUUGUGACUGUCACU